AUGCACAGCUAUACAUUGGAGAUUCUUGUUGUACUAUCACUCCUCUUCAUUAAAGAUACAAUUGCUUUAUCCUAUGGGCAGCAAUGCGAUGCAUCUGCUAUCUACACAGCAACAUGGCAGUAUGAUGAUUCCUGUCAAAACGUGUACCUCUUUUGUGAUCCUGCCACCAAUACUUGUAACUAUAAGGGUUGUGCCAAUUCGGAUUACAUGAAAGAAUGGAAUGUUGCGGUUCAUCCAUAUCCCCCACGAUGUCAUGGAGGCACUUUUUGCCCAGAUAGCAAUUCUAAAUGCACACCGCUGGUGCAACCAGGAGGUCAUUGUGAGCUGCAACGGGAUGAUGAAUGUGCGGGUAACAAUGCCAUAUGCCUGAAUUCAACGUGCUAUAUCAAGGCGGCACCUCUUAGUGGUGGAUGUGCGAUGGAUGUCACCGAUUAUGUAUCGUAUGACGCCACAGGGAACGGUGUACAACAGCGAAUUGUGCGUGACAAUUGUACGCAGGGAACCUAUUGCGUCCACAGCAAAUGCAUUCCUUCAAAGCAAAAUGGGAUGGCAUGCGACCAAGAUCGUGAAUGCAUAUCAGGGACUUGCAGUACCGAUUAUGUGUGCAUUAAUGGACCGGAAGUCUUCCGUACGAUACCGACAUGGUUGUGGGCUGUGGUCGGUGUUGCGGUGUUCUUGUUUGUAUUGGCGACAUUGGUAGUGCUUUGGAUAUUGCAUCGAUUCCAAGCUCGAAGAGAACGUGCCUUACGAGCUAAAUUCUUUGGCGACAAUGAAGAGUUUGCAAAAUAUGCAAUGCUUGAACAACCGGAUGGGGAUGACAAUGAUGGUUCUCGUAGUAGCGAUCCAUCAAGUCUCACCCGUAGCAUGGUUUAUCUUACAACGCCCGAAUACAAUGAAUCAGCUGCAAGAGCUACACCACGUCCUCUUAGUUUUAUUCUAGGCAACAAACGUGCAAGUACUGGUUCUCAUAAUAGUAGCGUUACUGCUACGGGUGUCUCCCAUAACAGCAACACAAUGCCAUCAAGAGCUUCCUUUCAACGUCUUAAUUCUACCGAACUUCAUCCACGUAUCAACUCUCCUUCAAACCAACAACAACAACAACAACCAUCCUCAUCAACAAUGCAUGAAAAAUGA